GGUCCAUGGCACGGUUACCGCUGCAUGCUGGGAUAUCAAAUGUGACGUCUUGGAUAAAACCUUCACAGUUUGAUGCUCAGUGAACUUGGUAUCAUAAGAUACGUUCCGUCCUAUGUCCAAGGUCGUCUUUCUGAUACCUAUAUUACUUCCUCCUCACUUUACAUCCCAUGCACAUGAAUUGGAGGACAACCUGGCCAUGAGAGGCCUAGGCAGUGCUGUACUACCGUCAUGCUUCAACCAAAACUCAGUGGACCGAGGACCAAUAUACGCAGAGAAACGACCGCCGAUAACCUUCUUGGUUCACAACAACCGUCGGAUGAACGAACUUGAGGACUCUAAUGCAAGCAUCGGUCUUGUAGAGAACGAGAAUUGUCAAUUUGCGAAAGGCUUCGAUGUUGAAGUUUUAGCAAUCCCUGAAAAUACGAUGGCCACUCGUCUUCCGACAACACUUCACCUUCGAUAUAUGUCUGGAAUUCUCAAGACAACGCAAGGCUUCGAUGUAGAAACAGAGCCCGAUCUCGAUCCAUAUGACUGGGACCCUCAGCAAGCCGAGUUCCUCCACCACAACCCUGUGAUCUUCCAGGGCGACACAUCUGUGUUGAGCUUUGGAGCUGAUGAUAAUCGAAAGUUGGUUGUGCGAUCUGAUCUAAUUCCACAAGAUGUCAACACGUAUAAUGUGAAGUACGUGCGAAACGAAGAUGCAAUGAAAUCACAGGAAUAUAUCAGAAACUACAUUUUGCCAAGCGCGCCACGAUACGUUUGUUCAACUUUGAAUGGGAUAAAACAUCGACUAAGGCCAGACUCGAUAAUACUCUUUUUGUAGGGAAUUCCAGGUCUCCUCGAGCUGGUGAACCAAGAAGUUUUUCCAGAUCCCAAAACCAGGCCGAACUACUUGGUGGGAAGUUACAGUCACCAUAUCUGGUCAGCACCUAGACACAAGCUGCCAGAAGAUCUAAUGUCUACACU